AUGAGGAUCCUGAAGACCAGUAAUAUCUCUGGGUCUGUGAGUGAGUUCAUCCUCCUGGGCUUCCCCUGCCGCAGAGAGAUCCAGAUCCUCCUCUUUGUGCUCUUCUCCCUCAUUUAUCUCCUGACCCUCAUGGGGAACAUGUCCAUCAUCUGUGCAGUAUGGUCAAGCAGGAAAAUCCACAUGCCCAUGUACAUCUUCCUGGCCAAAUUCUUCUUCCUGGAGAUCUGCUAUGUCAGCUCUGAUGUGCCCAAAUUGUUGGCCAACAUCGUCUCCAUGACCAAGAGCAUCUCCUAUGCUGGCUGCCUGCUCCAGUUCUACUUCUUCUUCUCCAUGUGUGCUGCUGAAUGUUUAUUUCUAUUGGUGAUGUCUUUUGAUCGAUUUCUUGCUAUUUGUAGACCUUUGCACUAUUCCACCAUAAUGAUUGACCUAUGUGCCCAGUUAGUGGUUUUCUGCUGGGCAGGUGGCUUUCUCUGGUUACUGACCCCUUUGACCCUAAUAUCUCAGGUGUCCUUCUGUGGUCCAAACACCAUUGACCAUUUUCUCUGUGAUCUGGCACCUUUGCUGGCAUUGUCCUGUGCUCCAGUAUCUGGAACUACUCUGACCUGUGGUAUUACUAGUGCUCUCAUUAUCUUCGUCACCUUCUUGUACAUCCUUGGCACUUACUUCUGUGUCCUGAGCGUGGUGUUGCCUGUGCCCUCAGGCUCAGGGAGGCAUAAGGCUUUCUCUACUUGUGCCUCCCACCUUGCUGUGGUGUCCUUUUUCUAUGGCUCAGUCAUGGUAACGUACGUUAGCCCAGGUUCUGGAGACCAUCCUGGGAUGCAGAAAUUUGUAACCUUGUUCUAUGCUUUGGCAACUCCAUUGUUUAAUCCCCUGAUCUAUAACUUCUGGAACACAGACAUGAAGGAGGUUUUAAAGAACACUCUGUACUUGUUUUUGUGGGAAAUUUCUAAAGGAUUCAGGAGCUGA